AUACAGAGUGACAGUAAAUCAGACGGACCUACAGUAUCAGCGUUGAAAUUUCCAACCCCGUUGAAAGUAUUUUUGGCGAGUGAGAGGAGCGAGUGAGAUCACUGCGGUCUCUCCCUUUUGAUAGACUUGUUGUUGGGCAAGGACAACGCAGGAUCUUUUUUUUUAAGGCACAGUUUGUUUUAUAAAUCACACUGGAAAUGUCCGAAAACAAGCCAAAUGAUGACCCGAAGUUAUCUACGACGGACAGGGUGGUCAAAUCGGUUCCUUUCCCCCCUAGUCAUCGUCUGACGAUCAGAGAGGUGUUCGACAAUGAGGGGAAGCCCAAGGUGGACGUGCUCAAGGCUCACAUGACUAAAGAGGGUCGUGUGGAGGAGAGCGUGGCCCUCAGGCUCAUCGGUGACGGGGCUGCCAUCCUACGAGCAGAGAAGAACCUGCUGGACAUUGAAGCUCCGGUGACAGUUUGUGGAGACAUACAUGGGCAGUUCUUUGACCUGAUGAAGCUGUUCGAAGUGGGAGGAUCACCAGCAACAACGCGUUACCUUUUCCUUGGAGACUAUGUGGACAGAGGGUAUUUCAGUAUUGAAUGCGUGCUUUACUUGUGGGCCUUGAAGAUUCUUUACCCCAAAACACUGUUUUUGCUGCGUGGGAACCACGAAUGUAGACAUUUAACAGAGUAUUUCACUUUUAGGCAGGAAUGUAGAAUUAAGUAUUCUGAGAGGGUGUACGACGCCUGUAUGGAUGCCUUCGACUGCCUGCCUCUCGCUGCCCUCAUGAACCAGCAGUUCCUGUGCGUACAUGGAGGACUGUCUCCAGAAAUCACUCAUCUUGAUGACAUCAGGAAAUUAGACAGGUUCAAAGAGCCUCCUGCGUAUGGCCCGAUGUGUGACCUGCUGUGGUCUGACCCCCUGGAGGACUUUGGGAAUGAAAAGAGCCAGGAACACUUCACACACAACACAGUCCGAGGCUGCUCCUACUUCUACAGCUACCCAGCAGUCUGUGACUUUCUACAACACAACAACUUAUUAUCGGUCAUCCGGGCACAUGAAGCCCAGGAUGCUGGAUAUCGCAUGUACAGGAAGAGCCAGACUACAGGUUUCCCUUCACUAAUCACCAUCUUCUCAGCACCCAAUUACUUAGACGUGUACAACAACAAAGCUGCCGUGCUGAAGUAUGAAAACAACGUGAUGAACAUCCGACAGUUCAACUGUUCUCCUCAUCCAUAUUGGCUUCCCAACUUCAUGGACGUCUUUAGCUGGUCUCUGCCCUUUGUUGGGGAAAAGGUCACUGAGAUGCUGGUCAACGUCUUGAGCAUCUGCUCCAAUGACGAGCUGAUGACCGAUGAGGAGAUGGAUGGACAACUAAUAUAUGCCCCCAAGAAAGGGGCCACUGCCUCUGCACGCAAGGAGGUCAUCCGAAACAAGAUCCGAGCGAUUGGCAAGAUGGCCAGGGUAUUCUCUGUCCUCAGAGAGGAGAGUGAAAGUGUGCUGACGCUAAAAGGCCUGACCCCUACUGGUAUGCUGCCCAGCGGAGUCCUGUCUGGAGGCAAGGAGAAGCUACAGAAUGCUACUAUUGAGGCUAUUGAGACUGACGAAGCCAUAAAGGGCUUCUCGCCCCAGCACAAAAUCACAAGCUUCGCGGAGGCCAAGGGUCUGGACCGCAUCAACGAACGGAUGCCCCCUCGCAGGGACACCCUGGCUUCAGACGCCAGCCUCAACUCCCUCAACAAGGCCCUGUCCUCCGAGACCAACGGCACGGACGUGAAGGCCAACACCAGCAGCAACAUCCAGUGAACAGAACAUACGUCCUGCUGUGGGGGAUGGCCGGCUGUGGGGUAGGAGACGGGGUCGUGCCACCCCCCCCAUACUGCAGCAUGCUACAGCAUAGCCAUAGAAGACACAGAGGAUGCCCCCAUGGGUUACGUGAUAAUGGUGGGGCUGAGAAGCGGGGAGAUCUCAGUGUACAGGGUGCAACGUCUCCAACUUGUGUUGGGACGAUGCAGCACUUUUGAGUCUUUGAAUAUGCCUUUAAAACGUUUUUCUUUAGUAAAAUCUGGUAAGGUAUGGUUGGCUUUCAUCUUCAGAACGGCCAAGGAAUGUGCUUUAUUCUGCACCACAGUGGGAAUGAGAGUGAGAAAUAUCUCCAAGGGGAGAUUAUAUGAGCUCCUCACUCAUUUACUGGAUAAGGAGCUUCUUACUAACUAUUGUACGUUUACAAAAAUACAGCACUAAACAGCAUCAAACACAUUUUUGACAUAUAAAGGUGUACAAACUAAAUAAGGACUAUUUAUUGAUUACUUUUUUUCCUACUCUUAUAAAAUAGCUCUGAGUUGAAUUAGGCAGUCUUAAAGAGAAUGUUGCAACAUUGUUGAAAUGCCAAAAAAUGUUAUAUGAUUUUGUACAGUUUAUGCUUACCUCAGGUUUAUUUGGUGUGUGCUUUAACAGGAUUAUAUGUUUAAUGGCUAACCGACUUGGUAAAAAAAUACCUAUUUUCUUGGAGCUUCAUAACUGGAAUUUAUGUUUAUCUAUAGCCUACAAAUGUUUUUGUUUUCUUUCUUUGAGGAGUGGGAUAUAGAUUUAUUGUGGCUUGCUGGAACUCUUGCUGGAGUGUUAUUUUUUUCUCUUUAAGUAUUGCAAACAAAGUAAACAAACAAAAAAGCAUUUUGUUUCGAAAAGUAAACGUGUCUGCCUAUGCAUGUUUUAUAAAAUCCGUAAAAUGGGAACGUAAAAUGGAAUUUCAUAAUUUUGAAAUGUACUGUGCUUUCAAGAAUAUUUACUGGAAACCUGCAUUCUUUUAAGUAAUACGAUGAUAAUACUUUACAACUUCAACCACUCUUGAAAUUAAAGCAUUUAACUAUAUAAGAUGAGGAAUCAUUCAAUACACUUGAAAGUGCACACAGUCCAGUUUAGCAUGAUUGAGUAUUCCUGUGAGGUAUGUAAUUACAUGUAAAACUGACGCAUGAGCUGUUAUGUCACAUAAUGGUUUAGGAAUGUUUGUUCUGUUUUGUAAGUAUGCCACAAAGUGUAUUAUUAUAAGCAGAAUUAUUUAAAAAUUGAAAUUAUCAUUAUUUAUUAUCGUUAUUACUACAAUAAUAUUGAUAAAUAGUCAUAAUAACAAUGAUACAUGUUACAGUUAUCAUGAUUAUUUAAUGUGCUAUUUGAAACUCUGCUCCUGUAUAUCAAUUACGAAUUUGAUACUGCUCGAUACUUAAAGGAAAAACGAAACUCCAUCAACCUUUUUUACUAACUGCUUAAGUGCCCGAGUAAUUCACUGCACAACAUGAAGCCUUGCUUUUCUAGUCUUCAAAAAUGUUAGCAGAUGAAGCAUGCGCCUGCAACUAUGAAAAAGUAUUUUAUAUUGCUGUUCAGUAAAGAUGCAUGAAAUGAAAUUUAUUAAAGAUGUUUGCGAGUGUACUAUAGCCAGGCUUGCGUACUCUCUGGUUUUCAAGUCUGGAAAUCAAAACAUUUUAAACUAUGUAAACAUAAAAAAAAUAAAAUGUACAACAGUAUGAAUACAA